AGAUAUCUGCAAGAAUUACUAACUUCCAACACAGAAAAAAUUGCCUUACUAAAACAGAAGAUUUCAAGCUUGGAAAUACAAUGUCAGCAGCCAUGCAAAGACAGCGUUCAAAUCCAGGACACAACAGGAAAAGAUUGCCAAGAUGUUGCAAACAAAGGAGCACGUAUCAGUGGUCUCUACUAUAUAAAGCCUCUUAAAGCCAAACAACAAUUCCUGGUUUAUUGUGAAAUUGAUUCAUCUGGUUUAGGAUGGACUGUUAUACAAAGGAGGCUUGAUGGUAGUGUGGACUUUAAAAAGAACUGGAACCAGUACAAAGAAGGAUUUGGAUACUUGUCUCCAACAGACACAACAGAAUUUUGGUUGGGAAAUGAGAAGACACACCUGCUAAGUACACAGGGUACAAUUCCAUAUGUUCUCCGGAUACAGCUGGAAGACUGGAGUGGUCACACAAGCACAGCUGAUUAUGCCGUGUUCAAGCUGGGUGGUGAAAAGGACAAUUACAGGUUGACCUACGCUUACUUCAUUGGUGGUGAUGCUGGAGAUGCCUUUGAUGGUCAUGAUUUUGGAGAUGACCCCAGUGACAAGUUCUUUACUUCUCACAAUGGCAUGCAGUUCAGUACAUAUGACAAAGAUAAUGAUAAAUUUGAAGGAAACUGUGCUGAACAAGAUGGCUCUGGUUGGUGGAUGAACAGAUGCCAUGCUGGCCACCUCAAUGGCAAAUAUUAUCAAGGUGGUACUUACAGUGAAACUGACUCUGGUGGCAAUGACAAUGGUAUCACUUGGGUAACAUGGCGAAACCGCUGGACUUCAAUGAUGAAAACCUCAAUGAAAGUCAUUCCUUUUAACCGAUACGGAACAGAUGGUGGACAACAAUUUGUAUCUAAGGGAUCUAAGGUCGGGUCUGAUGGCCGGGGAGAUAUAUAA